GGCUGCCUUCCUUUGUGAAUUGAAGAUUUCCCAUAGUGUGCUUUGAUUCCUGCUCUUUAUCUUUUGUGAAUCUGCUCGAGGUUUGGCUUUGUGGUUACCAUAUAGUUUACAUAAGACAUCAUAUAAAUAUAACAGGCUAUCUUAUGUCCAUCACAGCUUUGGUUAUAUUUAACUGCAGAUUUACCUUAGAAGAAGAAAAAGAAAAGAGACAAAAAGUUGAUGUGUUAUAUGAAAAAAAUAGGGUGCAGUUAAGAAAAAAAGAAGAGCACUCUAUUAAAGAAGUUGAAGUGAACCCAUAUCUUGAAACCACCAUUAGAACACGAGAUAUUGUAUCAGAGACUGUGAGACAGAAAGAGGUUGUAGAAGAGCAAGAUUACACGCAGAUCCAACGUUCUCAAGAACAGAACACCACAAUAAUACAAGAUGGAAUUCUGACCAAACACCUUUGCAAACCAAAGAAGAUAAAAAUAAGUCACAAGAAAAUGCAUUCUGAGGUUUCUGAGAGUUCUGACAAAGAAAAAAGUUUAUUGCAUGAAAACCGCAUGUUGUGGGAUGAAAUUGCCCAGCUAAAACUGGAAAUAGAUGCAGUAAAAACUCAGACCCAGGAAAUGGGAAAAAAGUAUUUUGAGGAUAUUGCAAUUUUCAAAGAAAAGAAUGACCUUCUUCAUAAGACAAUAAGAGAAACAGCAUUUCAACACAAUGCACAGCUUGAAGUUCUGAGAGCUGAGCUUAUAAAGCUAAACUACAUCAACAAGAGACCUACAACUUGCUUUCCAGAGAGCAAGAGAUGA